AUGGUACGCUAUCUGAGCACAGCUGGCCUGGCCAUUCUGGCCGUCUCCGGCCUCAGUGCCGCUACCCCAACUGCUGCUGGGCCUGGCUCCUCAGCGGCACCGUUGGUAGAGCCUCUCCGUGCUGGGCCAAAGCAAAGCGUGUCUUCCGGACCGCAUUCGUCCUUUUCCUGGCCUCCAGCUGAGACUAAAAUCGCCGCUGCGACUUGUAAAAAAGUCCAGUACGAUUUCCCGGCCGGCACAAACUCGAACACGUCACGAGCCGAUGCGGUUCGUGACCUGUAUCGGCGGUCUUGGGAGCAGUACGCCCAGUACUGUUUUGGUUCCGAUGAGUUAUUGACCUUGAACAACUCCUGUGUCAAUGAUCUCUUUGGCUGGGGUGCCUCAAUCGUAGACGGCAUUGAUACGGCCAUUAUUAUGAACUUGACCGACAUUGUUGGCACACAACUGGAAUUCAUUGCCCAGACAGAUUACACCACAUCGGAAUCUAUUGUCGAUGGAUUCGACGCCAUUAUUCGUUAUUUGGCAGGAUUGCUUUCAGCCUACGAUUUGCUUACCAGUGGAUAUGUUCCCGAGGGAACUUACAACAGUGACCACGUCAAGGCGCUCUUAUCUCAGGCAAAGGUCCUUGGUAAUAAGCUGAAAGUGCAAUUCGACACUCCCAGUGGGCUGCCAGCUGCCAAUAUUAAUUUCACAAGCAACACACCAAUCAAUUCGCAAUUUAUUAACCCACUGAACAAUGUGACCUACAACGCCACGAAUCUUGCAGUUGCCGGAACCCUCAUUUUGGAGUUCACUCGGCUCUCAGACUUAACUGGUGACCAGUCUUUCCGCGAGCUUGCUCUUGGUGCUCAGGGAAAUCUUAUUUACCCUGACCCAGCUCCAAUCUGGCCUGGCUUGGUUGGCAGUGAAUUGGAUACCGAGACUGGAAAAUAUCUUACCUACGACUAUGGAUGGAAGGCUGGAAUUGACAGCUUCCUCGAGUAUCUUAUUAAACAGUACUAUUACAACCCAGGUAAUGCGGCAAACACCGUUAUGAAGGACUUCUGGGUCAGCACCGUUCAAUCUACGAUCGAGCACAUUGCUCUACACCCUUACGACCACCCGGAAUUGACUUACCUCAGUCAAGGUGAUGUAUCGGGUAACCUCGAAUGGCAAAUGGAUGACUAUGCUUGCUUUGCAGGCGGAAACCUUUUGCUGGGAGGUGUUCUCCUCGACAAGCCAGAAAUUACCAAACUCGGAGUCGACGUCACAGAUUCAUGCCAUUACUUCUACAACACGACCUGGACUGGCCUCGGACCACUGUCCUGGGGUUGGUAUAACGAGUCAAAUGAAGCAUACGACCCAUCAUGGAACGACGACAGAGCCUAUCGCCAGCAAGCCUCGGAAUUCGGCUAUUUCAUCACCAGCCCCGAAUGGGACUCUUUCCCGGAGUCUCUCGAGAGUAUCUUCUAUGCUUACCGAAUCACUGGCGAAACUAGAUUCCAAGACUACAACUGGGAAAUUGUUAAGAGCAUCGAACGACAAAGCACAGCCACAACUCCAUCUGAACCAGUUUCCGAUGUCAAUAAGCCCAAGAGUUUUAUCUCUGACCUACCUGCUUAUUACUUUGCCGAAGUACUGAAGUACCUGUAUCUUUCCUUCACUGAUCCUGAGAUUAUCAAUCUUGAUGAUUGGGUGUUCAACACGGAAAGCCACCCAUUCCGCCGUAACGCACAAGGAUGUUGA